AAGGUGGUGGAUCACUCAGACUUGUCAUAGAAACUCAACGUCAGUGGUCGAAAUGAAUGUCUUUUACAAACAUGUUCUAAAACAUGCUGUAAUGGGAGAUUUUAUGAUCUUUUUAGUUCUCUUCCUUGUGCCUGAAUUGAGAGUAGUUGGGCAAAUGAAAAGUCUACUUGAAGUGUGCGGAGAAAGGCGAAUAUUUCAGUUCUCAUACUGUGACAUCAUGCAAUACUUAGACUUUAUUAGUAGAAUUAAUGUUAAUAAUACUAUCCAUACUAAAACAUUUCAGAACAUGCAAUAUUCUGUAACUUUCUGUGUAUUCUGUAAUAAGAUAUGGUAAUGGUUUUCAUUUUGCAUAUCCACUCAUGUUUUUGUUUUGUUCUUUAAUUGCGGAGUGUUACAAUCGUCAGUUUUAGCAAUGGUUAACUUUUUUUUUUUUUUUUUCUUGUUUCGUGUUUUGUUUUGUUUUGUUUUUGUAGUAAUGCCUAAAAUUACAUAUUAAACUACUGGACCCAAAAACAUUUGACGUUCCUGCUACGUUUUUGGUGACGUUUUGGUGGUGUUGCAUCUCGUGGUCUGACAGUAGGCAGGAACCUUUAGUAGUAGCUGUACAAGAUGUGUUGAACAUUUCCUACAGACGUUCUACCUAUGGAAAUACACUGAGCUGGUUGACUUUGACGUGCAUUUCUUCUCUGAGGAUGGCUGCGAAAACGUGGCCGCCUGGUACGCAGUGUAUCGCUAAAAGUGACAACAUCAAGUGUAAAACCGGUGAAGUGGCGUAUCUUAAAGGAGACAUCCUUACCAUUUUGGAGCUGGGAAUGGGCAAAGCUGUCUACCGGGCCAGACACAACAGGACUGGUGAAGAGGGCCUGAUCUCUGCUUCCAAUGUGCGAGAGCGGGAGGCCUUGCGCGUAGACCCAAAUCUCAGCCUCAUGCCGUGGUUCCAUGGUAAGAUCUCUGGUCCUGAGGCGGUUAGCAAACUGAGGCCAGUGGAGGAUGGCUUGUUCCUUGUUCGAGAGUCCAUCCGUCACCCUGGCGACUAUGUGCUGUGCGUCAGUUUGAAGCAAGAGGUCUUUCAUUACCACAUCAUCUACAAGGACUCCAAGUUGACCAUCGAUAACAAGAACUAUUUUUACAACCUCAUCGACAUGGUGGAGUUCUACUCCAAGAACAAAGGAGUCAUCGCAACCACGUUGCAGAAGCCCAAAAAGAAAGAUGGGACAAAGUCAGCAGCCCUGCAGCUGUAUAAGACGGGCUGGCUACUAGAUCUCGCAAACCUAACUCUAGGAGAGAGUAUUGGGGUGGGAGAGUUUGGAGAUGUGUAUGAAGGGGAGUACCUGGGCAGGAAAGUGGCUGUGAAAAACAUCAAGUCUGAUGUGACUUCUCAAGCUUUUCUGGAAGAGACUUGUGUCAUGACAAAACUCCAACAUAAGAACCUGGUGCAGUUACUAGGAGUGAUUCUGCACAACGGGCUCUACAUAAUCACAGAAUUCAUGGCUAAGGGUAAUCUGGUGAAUUUCCUACGUUCACGGGGGCGUUCGGUCAUCACUACAACUGGCCUCCUGCACUAUGCACUUGAGGUAUGUCACGGGAUGGAGUAUCUGGAGUCAAAGAGACUUGUUCACCGAGACCUGGCUGCCCGCAACGUCCUCGUAUCUGAGGACAACGUUGCCAAGGUCAGUGAUUUUGGCCUGGCCAAGACUGACUCUCAGACCACUAACAAUGCGAAGUUGCCCAUCAAAUGGACUGCACCAGAGGCCUUGACCAGCAAGAAAUUCUCCACCCGGUCGGAUGUUUGGAGUUAUGGUGUCCUUCUGUGGGAGAUCUUCUCCUAUGGCAGACAGCCCUACCCUAAAAUGUCUGUGGAGGAGGUGAAGAAAGGAGUGGAGCAGGACUACCGCAUGGAGGCUCCGGAAGACUGCCCGCCUGAUGUCUAUGCCCUAAUGAAGGCCUGUUGGGAGAAGGACCCCAAGUUGAGACCUCUGUUCCACAAACUCCGAGGAUACCUCGAGAUUGAGCUGAGCAAGCACGAGGCCGGCUCAGGGUCAUGACCCUACACAACUGCGUCCCUUAGACCACAUGAGACAUUUCAUUUAAUAAGAAUUCACACUAUAACGAACUGUUCUGCAGAGGGCGUGUCCAUACAGCAAGAUUUGAAACUGAAUGUAGCCUGCAUGGUCUGUGGUUUUUGUUUUUUGGUUUUUUCUUUUAAUUUAUUUAUGGUAGGUUUACUGUACUUAUUUUACUGUUCAUUGCCUAUGCAAAGCAAAGACCUAAGACCAUUUUUUUGCCAUUUGGAAUACUGAAAUUUUUCAAUUGGUCUGGAAGAACUGUGUAAAUCCUGUAUAAGUAAACUACAAGUAUUUUCUGUUUGGUAUUACUGUUAUGCCCUAGUAACUGAGCAUUUUAUAAUAAUGGUCAUGGCUUUGUGUGUGUUCAUUUCUCUCUGUCUGUCUGGGGACGGGGGUCUCUAAAACACCAUCAUAGCACCAUGAUCAACCCCUGGAUGGAGAACCUCACUGAGGUUGGGGAAUUACUGUAAUACAACUGCAAUACAACAGGCUGUUGAACUUCAUUUCACCCCACUCAGAACAUCUUUGUCCUAACUAAAGAAUUUCUGAUUGCAUCACUGAUGUACACUCCUGUGGCUCACCUGGUAAAGCAGACACUGUGAGGUGUGAGCAACA